GUCUGAUGAGUCACCAAUAUAUUUAUUUGAUUCCCAUUCUUGUCCUCAUCUUUUUCCAACCCCUUUCCUAAUCCCCACCUUAAUAACUCCUAUAAAUACCCAUUUUCCCUCCCCAUUUCAAAGCCCCCUCUUGUCUGCUCAUCGUUUCAUAAAACAGAAAAAAGAAAUAGUUUGAGCUAAAUAUUUGCAUAUUUGCAUUUAUAAUUUGUUCAAUUCGUCCUUCUCUCCUAUGGAUUCUUGCUCCCCUUUUGACUCUAUUAUUUUCGAUUUGGAUGAUACUCUCUACUCUUCCAAGACUGGAAUUGGACAAUCGUUGAAGCAGAACAUUGACGAUUUUCUUGUGGAGAAAUGUGGUUUUCCAGUGUCGAAAGCAUCGGCGUUGCGUGUUGAGCUUUUCAAAACUUACGGCAGCUCUCUCGCCGGUUUACGAGCUAUAGGCUAUGAUGUUGAUGCAGAUGAUUAUCACAGUUAUGUGCACGGAAGAUUACCGUAUGAUUUGAUUAAACCGGAUGCUCAGUUACGAAGCAUUUUGCGUAGUAUUAAUCAAAGGAAAAUCAUUUUCACAAAUUCAGAUCGAGUUCAUGCAAUGAAGGCAUUGGAUCGUCUCGGAAUUACGGAUUGUUUUGAACAAAUUAUUUGUUUUGAGACGAUGAAUUUUAACCUCUCCAAGGCAACGCGGCCAGAAGAGAUUCCGGUGAUAUUGAAACCUUCAAUGGAGGCAAUGAAUAUCGCCAUCGAAGCUGCUAAGGUUGAUCCUAGACGCACGCUCUUCCUUGAUGAUAAUGUUAAGAACAUAGCUGCUGGGAAAGCUGUGGGGCUUCGAACUGUUUUGGUCGGAAGAACAACCAAGACGAACGAAGCUGACUAUGCAUUAGAGAUGGUGACUGAUCUAGUCCAAGUAGUACCAGCAAUAUGGUACACCAAAGAAGAAGAAGAUCAAAAAAUUACACGUACUAGAAGUGAAAUGGACUUUCUUGCAACCACAGCUGUGGGUGCAUAAUUACUGGUCCUUGGACCACAGUCCACAGUACAUAUGUACAAGUGCACAUUUCAAUAACCUUGUAGUGAUCAUCUUUAAUCUAUGUGAAUGUACUCGUAUGUAUAUAUAUCAUGAAUAAAAUAACAAAAGAAAAGCCACAAGAAGGUGGUCUUUUCGAGAA